AUCAUUCAUAAGAAACCAUAUGAACUGUUGUGUUGCUGACCUCUCUCUUCAUCUUAGAGAUUGAAAUUGUGUUACCCUUUGUUCGCCACUCUCUCCUGAUCCGAGUCUCCCUCCCUUCAAAUAAGACUGAGUUGUCUCUUUUCCUGAACGCAAUGGAAUGCAUCGCCAAGAUGACGAAAGACAACGGGAGCAUGGAGAGCCUCCGCUACUUCCUGAGUCGUCGAACGCUGCUGGAGAUGCUCCAAGACAGAGGCUACGACGUCGUUCAGCACGCAAACCUCUCUCCCUCCCUCGCCGAGUUCCGCUCCCGCUUCGGCCAAAACCCCAACCCUCAAACCCUCGCCUUCUGCGUUUCGCAUCUCUCCAAUCCCUCCAACACGGUACAAGUUGUGUUUGCGGGAACCGAUGAUAUAAGAAAAGGAACGGUGAAUGAGAUAUGCACCCAGAUUGCGGACAAGGGACGCUUGAAAGGGCUGAUACUUGUUGUGCAGAGUAAGAUGACUUCGUUUGCGAAAAAAGACUUGGAGAGCUUGCCAUUUAAAGUUGAGAUUAUCAGAAUUGAUGAUUUGCUGGUCAAUAUCACAAAGCAUGUGCUGCAGCCAAAGUAUGAGAUACUCACUGAUGAUGAGAAGAAAGCACUGCUCACCAAGCAUAAUUUGGAUGAGAAGCAGCUCCCUCACAUGUUGAAGACUGAUGCCAUAGCUAGUUACUAUGGGCUGGAGAAAGGGCAAGUUGUGAAAAUCACUCACAGGGGUCCAGUGGUUGAUUUUCAUGUUUCUUAUCGCUGUGUCGUGUAAUAAUGCUUCAAUACAUGCAACAAAACAAAUGACAAAUCUGAUGUUAUAUUUGUUUUAAAACCCAAACAAAGGGGUAGAAAAGUUCAUUAGUGUAGUCAUAGCAACAGGAGUGUCAUUGCUAAUACACUCUUUAGUACAUGUGUUUUCUCAUUAGUUGGCAUUUAUUAUGAAUCAUACAUGAGACUAGUUAAAAUAGUGAAAUUUAUAAUCUCUGCUAUUAAAAA